AAUGGAAGAGGCGGCUGGUCACUCGCUAAAUUCACGUCUAGACAGUAGUGAUCAAAUCAUUGAGACAGAUGAUGAGAAUGCAAGUAAGAUCAACAAUGACAUUGGAUGUGAACAGGAGAUUCCGUACGGGGUGUGUACACCGCAGCAAGCAUCGACUAGUAGACAAAUCGACAAUUCUAUUUUUAAUACCAUAUCUAAAAUCGUGAAUCCUGCAGCAAAGGUACCAGAGAUUCAGGAUUUCAAAAUUGUAAAGCCUAUAAGCCGUGGAGCAUUUGGUAAAGUAUUCCUUGGGUACAACAAAUCUAAUCCUGAGAAAGUAUAUGCAAUCAAAGUGAUGAAGAAAAAUGAGAUGAUCAACAAAAACAUGGCCUCGCAAGUAAUAAUAGAGCGAAAUGCAUUGGCCAUAACUCAUAGUCCAUAUUGCGUACAAUUAUUUUAUUCGUUGCAAUCUGUACGCAGUGUCUACUUAGUAAUGGAGUACAUGGUGGGCGGAGAUCUUAAGAGUUUGUUGGGUGUGUAUGGCUAUAUGGAAGAAUCCAUGGCAGCUUUUUAUACCGCGGAAGUAUGUCUAGCGUUGGAAUACCUUCACUCCCAUGGAAUCGUACACAGAGAUUUAAAGCCAGACAAUAUGCUUUUGUCACGAGAAGGGCAUGUCAAGCUGACAGACUUUGGACUGAGUAACAUA